AUGCUGACUCUGAAAAACUGUCGAGUUCAGCACCACGUAUCUGCAGCCAUCGCCCUAAUCGCAAUCUUUCUCAUGGGACUGACCUCAGCGCUCAACAUCGUAUUUUUAGCCAAUCAGGACUCCGUUUGGGGAUUCCCUCUGCUCAUAUCCGGUGUCCUUUUCUGCCUUCUGGCCAUAAUCUACGGAGCAAACAAAUUCAGACUAAAGAUUGUAAAUGAAUUUGGGCACCGAGAUUGGAAUCUUCCACGCAUUUGGGUCGUGAUCGUCGUCUGCAUUUUUCCCGCGCUUGGCACGGUCUUUGUCCUGUGGAAUGUUGUGGACAACAUUCUCGGAAGUCCAUCGUGGAGUUCUCUCAGUUUGGAUUCAUUCCUUGUGGUUAUUAUCGAGUGGCUUAUACUUCUCGCUCUGCUGAUCAUUUUGAACAUCAUUAUCGUAAAAUGCCGUCUGAACUUCUUCCAAAUGGAUUCCGGACAAGGAUACAAUCCCUACCGCUUGGAGGAAAUACCACCUUAUGAGAACGACUUGAUCUUGGAUUUAGAGGUGGAGCUGUCAGAAAGCCGGUCCAAAGGCAGUGAAUCAGUCAAAGAAUUCUAA